AUGCCGCCAUCUAUGCCAAUCCAGCCCGACACGCCCAUCGCUGUUAAAAUCGCGGUGGAAGACGACGUCAAGGCACACAAGAAGACCAAGAUCCCCUAUAGAGUUCUUGCAGACGGCCUGCCGGCCUUGGAACAGAAGCUUCGCGAGUUCCUUGCUGUUCCCGAACGUACGCCAUGCCAUUUUGAACGAUUCUCAGACUCGGCCGGCAAGAACAUCCCUCUCGUGAGCACAAACCCGGCUGCAUACCGGCAGCUACUGCGGGCUGCUAAGGCCAAGCAGAAGCUUAAGCUGCGUGCUGUCUUCCACGAGACCGAGAGCGCAACGCCCGAGCAGACUACAGCUGAGGACGCGCCCAAAUCGACGGGUCCUCGCCCUGUCACAAUCGAGGACAUCCCGGAAGCAGUUCCAAAUGCAUCAUCCACACCUGCUGCCACUAUCGCUGGCCCGGCCCCAACUCCGGCCGCCCCGUCAGCAGAAGCCUCCACUACAUUGGGCUCUGUGCCGGCUACCGCCGCGGCAUCCGCUGUGGCCUCCGCCGCGGUCUCCGCUAUCCCAAUUGCGAGCUCCUCAAAGGCCUCGCUCAAGAGCGCCUUCGCAGCUCUGACAGAGUUCAAGGAGAAGCCCCACGAGCUCACUCCCGAUGUUGUUCAGCGGUGCAUCGACGCGUACCCCGACAUUCCUGGCCACUUCCCCGAAGGCCAGACUGAGACCGAGUGGGAGAAGGAACUGGACGAGCGUUACCAGGCGACCAUGCGGAGCAUGGCCCAGAACCACCAGAGCCGCCAGGAUCUAGCCGACCGCAACUUGGCUAUCGUGGAAGCAUCCAUUGCACAGAUGAACCUCAACUCGAACACCAGCGGCAAGCAGCCUGGUCCGAUCCCGCCUCAGUCUGGUUAUUACCACGAUCCGUUCUCGACGUUCACCUUCCCAGCCAGGACUCCCGUCAACCCUCUCGCAGGACCGUCGACACCUGCUACCUCGAAUGAGGCCCAGAAGCCCAAGCCCAUCCCGGUCGCCAAGUACACGCGUGACUAUCCGUGUACCUGGGCCCACAGCAACUCGAGCGCGACCAUUGCCUCUCCUACGCCCAACCUUGCCACAAAGGCCACGCCCCCUGUUGCUACCUACGCCACAGUGACGGCCCCGCGUGCCGCCUUCACUGUGUGCUGCAACUCUUGCGAGCGCAAGAUUCCGGACGCCCACUACCACUGCUCGACCUGCGAGGGUGGCGAUUUUGACCUUUGCGAGACCUGCAUCGAGCUUGGUAUCACAUGCUACAACCCGGAGCACUGGAUGAUCCGUCGCAACAUUCAGAACAACCUGAUUGUGAACAGCACGACUGAGCGCAUCUCGCCUAAGGCGAAGCCUGCCUCGUCUGCCACCACGUCGGAGAAGGUUGCGGACAAGGCUCCUGUGACGUCUACAGAGAAGGUACCUGCGGUGGCCAGUGCUGCUAAGGAUGUCAAGCCCACUACCGCGACUACGGAUGAUGCCGCUCGCACGAAGGCGUUCCGCAAGUACCAGAUCCGCACCUGCAACAACUGCAUUCGUGAACUGCCCGAGUUCGAGUUCCUGCAUUGUACUGAGUGCUUCGAUUUUGAUCUGUGCAAGGCCUGCUUCGUGAAGAACGACCACGGCCACCAUCCCAAGCACGCCUUCCAGCCCGCUGUCAAGGGCACUGAGUUCGGCUGGAACGUGACUCGCCGCCUAUCUGCCGGCCGUGGCUACCGCCACAACGCUGUGUGCGAUGGCUGUGAGGCGUUCAUCACUGGUGUGCGCCACAAGUGCAGCGACUGCCCCGACUGGGACUACUGCUCCGACUGUGUCUUGAACGCUGGUUUCAUUCACCCCGACCAUCGCUUCAUCCCCAUUUAUGAACCUCUUGCUGAGGCUGUCAUGACAAAGGAAGAUGAUCAGGUUAUCCACAACGGCAUCUUCUGCGACGGUCCCCACUGUGCUUCCAACGGCCUUUUCCACACCCCAAUCCGUGGUAACCGCUACAAGUGUGCCGUGUGUGACAACAAGGACUUCUGCGCCACCUGCGAGGCCAGCCCCAACAACACUCACAACAAGACGCACCCUCUUAUCAAGUUCCGAACGCCAGUCCGCCACGUUUUGGUGACGACCACCGGCGAGCACGACAACGGUCGUCGUAUGCCCACCAUGGGCGACCGCCGCCCCAAGAUGUUCACCUCCCUUGCCAACAGACCUGUCAGCACCCCUGCUGCGGAGACGAGCAGCCUGAGCGCCAACAAGGUGCAGACGGUUUUGGACAUGGAGCCGAGUGCGGCCCCUGCCAACACCCCCGCCACCUCUGCUGAGCCUGUGGCCAAAGAGGAGGUUAAGAAGGAGGAGGUGACGAAGGAGAAGACUGUCCAGGAGGAGCCUGAGGCUAAGUUGAUCGGCAACCUCGGCGCCACCUUCAAGAACGAGACUGUUUCGGACGGCACUUGGUUCGCCCCAAACCAGACCUUUGAGCAGACGUGGACCCUGCGCAACACGGGUUCCGUUGCCUGGCCGGCAGGUUGCUGCGUCACCUUCGUUGGGGGUGACUACAUGGGCCACGUUGACCCGAACAGCCCGGCCGGCAUCCAGGAGCUCGUGUCGUCGUCCGAGUCGACCAUAUGCUACAAGUCCCUGGCUCCUGGCGAGGAGGCUCCCUUCACGAUUCUGCUGCGCUCUCCCUCGCGCCUCGGCCGGACCAUCUCGUACUGGCGCCUGACCACCAAGGGCGGCAUCAAGUUCGGUGACCGCCUGUGGUGUGACAUUAACGUGCGCGCCAAGGAGGAUGUUGAGACCAAGGCUCAUUCCGCCGAGAAGACCGUCGAGAAGGUUGAGAAGGCUGAGCCGAAGGCCGAUGAGAAAUCGGAGGCCACCAGCGAGAGCCAGAUGAUCUUCCCCAAGCUUGAGACGGAGUCGCCGGCGGACAGCAUCCAUGAAGCUGUGGAAUCGGCUCCCGCUAAGGAGACUACUGCCCUCGACUUUGAGGACGAGGAGGACUGGACUGUUGACAACUCGGACGACGGCUUCCUGACGGACGAGGAGUACGACAUUCUUGAUGCCUCUGACGAGGAGUCUCUGGUGGGCGACGACACGAAGGCCCGCAAGUAG